GUCAACUCUCUGGCCAUGCUGCAAAUGCAGGCACCAAACUCCGCUUAAACACCACUCCCAGAACGCAGCGAUUGGGAACGUGACGGCUGGCAGCCAUACUGCAGAUCGUCUGCAUCGCUUGCGCAAUCUACGGCCCAGCAUAGCCGACUGCACACAGCAGCAAAAGCUGCAAUGGCAAAACGUAGCCUCUGUGCGCUCUGCGCCGUCACCGCGACCGCCCUGGCACCGACGGAAAUAAUAGCGGCAGUGGAGGGCCCAUCACGCUGGGCCGUCGCCGCGGCGCCGCUCGUCGCGGCCGGCGCGGCGGCGCUGGCGCUCAACGCGCUGGACGAGGACGGCGCGGCGAGCGACUGGGACCAGAGCGAUCCAGGAAGAUGGAAAAGCGUCUACGACGCGUGGGCGCUCGGCCGCGGCGCCGAGCUCGGGAGAAGGGGCUCGGCCAUUGUCGAGAGCCGAGCCAAUAACAAUUGGCGCGUGCUCCUGCGCCACGGGUCCAUCCAGAGCGUCACGGCCUGGGACCCUGUGGAAAAUGCGCCGCGGCAUUCUGUUAUAGCCAACGAGUACAUCAAGACAAUGGCGUGCUGCGCGGUUGGCGCCAGGCGGGGCGCGCUGCCAACGAAGGCGUUGUUUCUUGGCCUCGGGGCCGGGACCCUGCCUUCUCUGUUACUGCAUGAGAACGCGGACUACGUCGCGGUCGAGCUCGACGGCGGCGCGGCGGAGCUGGCGCGCGAGUACCUCGGUUUGGAAGGUGUCGACGUGAGGAUCGGCGACGCCCUGGACCACGCUUCCAUAGCGCCCGGUACUUACGAUCUGAUCGCGCUCGACGUCUAUGAUGAUACGAACAACGUGCCGCGGCCGUUCUGCGACCGCGCCUUCGCCGACGGUAUUGCUAAUGCGUUGGCGGACGACGGCGUCUUCGUGGCGAACUUCCACGUGGGGAGCGCCGACGAGGACGCGCGCGCGGAUCGCGCGGCGCGCGCCUACCAAUCAGCUUUCGGCGCGCUGCUCGCGGCGCCCGUGCGCUACCAGGGCAACCGCGUGUUUUCAUCGCGGCCCGUCGUCGAGGCGGACGCCGUCGCCGCGGCCGAGCGGCUGGGGUGGCCGUUCGACCCGCGGAGUCGGUUGAGGCGGCUGGAGCGCGUGUAAUGUCGAUGUUACGGUGCUAGGAGCGCGUGU